GCCUCCGCCCCUCGAGGCCCUCCAACGGCCCGGCGUCGUCCCCGCGUAUGCGGAGACGUGAGGACGUCCGCUGGCGUAAUCAAAGCUGAGUUGGCAGUGGCGUCGGCGCAGACAUGGAGCUGCCGCAGAUGCCAGAGCUGAUGGGGCUGUCCCUGUUGGUCGGGCUGCUAGCCCUGAUGGCCACCGCGGCGGUUGCGCGGGGGUGGCUGCGUGCAGAGGAGGAGAGGAACAGCCGGCCGGUCCGCCAAAAAGAAAAUACAUCCAAGAAGUCAGAAUCCAAGAAGCAGAAACAGCAUCAGCGGAUUCGCAAGGAGAAGCCUCAACAGCACACCUUCACCCACCGCCUCCUGGCUGCAGCACUGAAGAGCCACAGCGGGAACAUAUCCUGCAUGGACUUCAGCAGCAAUGGCAAGUAUCUGAUCACCUGCGCUGAUGAUCGUACUGUGCGCAUCUGGAGUACUAAGGACUUCCUGCAGCGGGAGCAUCGCAGCAUGAGAGCUAACGUGGAGCUGGACCACGCCACCUUGGUGCGCUUCAGCCCUGACUGCAGAGCCUUCAUUGUUUGGUUGGCCAAUGGGGACACCCUCCGUGUCUUCAAGAUGACCAAGCGAGAAGAUGGUGGCUUUACCUUCACAGCCACCGCAGAGGACUUCCCGAAGAAACACAAGGCACCUGUCAUCAACAUUGCUAUCGCAGACACAGGAAAGUUUAUCAUGACGGCCUCCAGUGACACGAUGGUCCUCAUCUGGAAUCUCAAAGGGCAAGUGCUGUCUACCAUCAACACCAACCAGAUGAACAACACCCACGCUGCCAUAUCCCCGUGCAGCAGGUUUGUGGCCUCGUGUGGCUUCACCCCCGAUGUGAAGGUGUGGGAAGUUUGCUUUGGGAAGAAGGGCGACUUCCAGGAGGUCGUGCGAGCCUUUGAGCUGAAGGGCCAUGCUGCAGGCGUCCACUCCUUUGCCUUCUCCAACGACUCCCGGAGGAUGGUCUCCGUCUCCAAGGACGGCACGUGGAAACUGUGGGACACCGACGUGGAGUACAAGAAGCAGCAGGACCCCUAUUUGCUGAGGACAGGUCGCUUUGAAGAGGCAAGCACCAUGCCGUGUCGCCUGGCCCUCUCCCCUGACACCCAUGUCCUGGCCCUGGCCAGUGGCACCAGUAUUCAUCUCUUCAACACCCGGCGGGGUGAGAAGGAGGAGUGUUUUGAGCAGGUCCACGGGGAGUGUAUCACUGACUUGUCCUUUGACAUCACUGGCCGCUUCCUGGCAUCCUGUGGGGACCGGGCAGUGCGGCUUUUCCACAACACUCCUGGCCACCGGGCAGUGGUGGAGGAGAUGCAGGGCCUCCUCAAGCGGGCCUCCAGUGACAGCACCCGGCAGAGGCUGCAGCAGCAACUGACCCAGGCCCAGGAGGCCCUGAAGAGCCUGGGGGCCCUGAAGAAAUGACUGGCAUGGGAAGGGUCUGGCAACCUGUCCCCAUUGCUGCCCCUUCUUGUCCCAGGUGCCCCAUGGCUGCGAAGCUCACAAACGGAGUCCCGAUUUUCUUUUGGUGUCUGUCCCUUUCCCCCUUUUUCCCUACUGAAGCUAUUCUUGUCUCCUUAGAGCUCUCGCUCUCUCUUGCUCUCUCUUCUGAAUGGUUUUUAACUCCUUCCAGACUGAAAUCUAAGGUACUUCUUAGUCCUGGCUCAAUGGUGUAGAAUCUGUCUUCACCCGCCACCGAGGAGAGGGGCGGAGAAGAGAAAGAAAAUGUCAUCUUUAUGUGGCGACAUCUGACCACCCGAAGAAGUUAGUAAAUGUAGAGGUAAAACCUAGGGAACACAGGUGAGAUCGCCUCUUGACCUUUUGGCUAAACUCAGCUGUAGCACCUGGGAAAUGAGGCCGCUGUCUCACAAGGGUGAGAUACUGGAAACAUGCCACCUGCAGAACUGUCCGGCCAGACUCCUAACUCCCAUCAGUUUUCCUCCUGGUAAAGUGGAUAGUAAUGUUCUCUGUGAUUUCCUUGCAAAAAUGUGGGGAGGCUGUGUCCCUGCAUUUGGAAGAAAAGUGUUAAAGGUGAGCAAUACCGUCCAGUGUCAUAAACUUGCCAAGUAAAAGUGGCCAUCAAACUACGGUUUGACGCUCAAGGUAGAAAGAAGCACAUCCCUUGGGAAGGCAAAGUUUUCUGUGACUUGAUCAUAAAUGUUGGCGGCUCAGGUCAGGUUCUCCGAGGAACAGUUUGGUCCCGAGAUGGGGUUUCCCUCUUUUGGGAACUUAUUUCCUGUUGGAGACCUUUUUUUUGAUUCAUGACACAUUCAAGUGCCUACUCUGAGCAGCAGAGAAGUGAAGUACCGGUGACACAUACAAAUCAGGGCAACAUGGUCUGCUGUCAAAGAUGGUUGGUGGGAGAGAAAGAGACGUGUGUCUGUGAAAUGCUCUUUGUUAAUUCACGGCUGUGGUAGACUGUUGUAAAGGCCAAAGCUAGAGAGAAGACAAUCAGGAGGGAGGUGAUGUGCAUGAGGAGGUUGAGGGAUAAACUUGAUAAGGGAUUGGGUCUUUAGCCACUUGGAUUUGGGGAUUUGAGGACUGUUGGGAAAUGGGAGGUAAGGGAAACUAGGAAUCCAGGGAGACUAGGAUCUAGGCAAAAGGGAUUCAUCCAAAAUCAGUCUCAUUCUUGCACUAAAACUAGGGCGCCCUGCAGUCAUUCCCUAAUGCUAUAGAAUGUUAAACACGCCACAACCUUGUGGCUGGCUUCCUUUUCAUUACUACCUUCAUCCACGCCUCAGAAAAUUCCUUUGGUGACGUGCUGCCUCUGCUGCCCCCCUCUGUCUUCUGUUGCCAUCCUGGUCCUAGUCACUGUCACCCACUGGACUUCAUUCCUGUGUGGUCUCAUGAAGUCACGUUUCUACAGAGCAUCGUGAUCUUUGGAAUAUAAAAUGGAUCACAUUCCUUUGUUAAAACCCUUCCACAUGCUUCCCCUCGCUCUUGAAAUCAAAUCCAAAACUCUCACCAUGGCUUGCACGUUGCUGUGCGAUCCUGUUCCUUCUGUGAUCUUUCUUCACCACACUCCAACCACUGUAGUCUUGCUGUUUGCAGGCCCCAUCAGGUCUUGUGCCUGUGCUGGUCCCUGUGCAUGGAAGCAUUUUUUUCUUUCUGUUGGCAGACUUGUCAUGCUUGUUUCUGGUACAUUCCAGAAAGUUCCCUUCCCUGACCACUCCAUCUGAAGUAGCCCUUUCCACCAGUCACAUUGGCUUAUUUGGGGUUAUAACUAUCUGAGGUGAUCUUGUUUACCUGUUUUGUUUGCUUGCUUCAGGGAUUUCAGCAACAGUGAUGUCAGAUGGGUAACAAAUGUGAGAAAAGUCCUGAGUGAGACAAUAGGGAGUGGUAGAGACUGUGGUGAGUGGGUGGGCGUGUGUCCUGAGUGUGGCUGCCUACUUCAGAGAAGCUAAGCGUUGGCAGCUUAUUAAAGAAAAUAAUAAGCAGCGUAUGGAACACACAAAGACUGGCGGGCCAUAUGCAACCCUGUAGUGUCUCUGUGGCAGCUUGUGGUGGGAUGUGAGCUGCACUAAGGAAGAAUUCUUGUCUGUCUCCUUUGUUCUGGGCCCUGAGCACCCUAGUAGGCUUUGAGUUAAGGUCCCAAUGAAUGCUGAAUUCAGAACAGGAGCAGUUGACACAAAGCCUUGCCUCUCUUGCCUUCCUGCAUACCCAGUGUCCAUUAGGUUUUUAUGCUCCUGACAACAAACUGUCAGUGGCGUGUCGUGGGCUGGGGAAUAUGGAUUCGCUCUGGUUGUGAGGAGCAGCCUGAAACACCCUUGCACACCUGUUUGGGGAAGCAACUCUGCCAGGAGAGGAGGUGACCAGGGAAUGUUGAGCUACUGGAGUCAGAAACCUUAUGUUCAAGUUGCACCGAGCCAUGACUUGAGGCCUGAGGCGGGUGGGUAGAUCGGACCCUGAGUGUGUUCCCUCAUCUGUAAAAUGGGAAUAAAUCUG